CCCGACGCCGCAGCUGUCGCCAAGAAGCCUCACCGCUACAAGCCCGGCGCGAAAGCGCUCAAGGAGAUCCGCAUGUACCAAAAGUCGACCGACCUCCUCGUCAAGAAGCUCCCCUUCGCGCGCGUCGUGCGCGAGAUCGCCAUGGACAUCGCCGAGGAGGAGGGCGUCGGCUUGCGCUGGCAGAGUUCGGCGCUGCUCGCGCUUCAGGAGGCGACCGAGGCGUACCUCGUGCACCUGUUCGAGGACUCGAACCUGCUCGCGCUGCACGCCAAACGUGUUACUGUCAUGCAGCGCGACAUGCAGCUCGUGCGCCGCCUCCGCGGCGACUUUGUCUAA